AGUCGGUUGUGCUUAGUGGUGUCAGAUAGCUAGUUUUCGUGGAUGAAUAGGUAGCUCUCUAGUGUUCUAGUCAAAAGUUAAUUUAUUGAAAAACACUGCAUAACAGUAUUAUUAAGUAUGGACGACCAGGGGUGCCCAAGAUGCAAGACGACUAAAUAUAGGAAUCCGUCGCUGAAACUGAUGGUGAAUGUGUGUGGUCAUACACUGUGCGAGAGCUGUGUGGAGAUGCUGUUUGUGCGUGGCUCUGGGAACUGUGUGCAGUGCGACACGCCGCUGAGGAAGAGCAACUUCCGCGUGCAGCUCUUCGAAGAUCCUGCUGUGGACAAGGAAGUGGAGAUCCGCAAGAAGGUCCUGAAAAUCUACAACAAGAGAGACUCCGAUUUCCCGAGCCUGAGGGAGUACAAUGACUACCUGGAGCACGUGGAGGAUAUCGUCUUUAACCUGACGAACAAUGUGGACGUGGAGGCUACCAAACAGAUAAUGGAGCAGUACCAGAGGGAGAACAGAGACAUCAUUCAGAAGAACAAAGUCAAAUUGACGCGGGAGCAGGAGGAGCUGGAGGAGCUGCUGCUGCUGGAGCAGCAGGGCAAUGAGCAGCGCAGGCUGGAGACCCUGCAGGAGGAGCAGAGGCAGCUGGUGGCCAAGAGGAAGAACAAACAGGCCCUGCUGGAUGAGCUGGAGAGCUCCCAGCUGCCUGCCACCCUGCUCCUGGCCCAGCAUAAGGACCGGGCCGCCCAGCUCGAGACCCAGCUGGAGAGGCAGCGGCAGGUGGUCAAGCCCACCAUUUUCUCCACGGGCAUCCCCAUGGGACAGACGGUCUUGCUGCAGCCCGUGGCCCGGGUGGAGGAGGUCCUGUACCGCUACCAGCCCCUGCAGAUCCACACCCACGGGCCCGCGGUACCUGAGCUGGAGCAGCUGGGCAGACUGGGGUACCUGAACCACGUGCGGGCCGCCUCGCCCCAGGACAUGGCGGGAGGGUACACCUCGGGCCUGGCCUGCCACCGAGCCGUGCAGGACGCCUUCAGCGGGCUCUUCCUCCCCACACGCUGACCCCGCCCCUUCACCUCCAGGAGGUGUGUGUAUGUGUGUGUGACUCUCCCACUGCGUGGGCCGCUGCAGAAGUGGGCACUGCCCUGCCGCACAUGGCUGCUACAUGCAGAGACUGCCGAC